GGAGGGGGCGUGGGAGAGGAGGGGGUCCGGGAGCCUCCACCAGCCUCGGCCUCCAGAGGCUCCUGCCCUCGCGGCUUUUCCGUCUGCGAAAUGGGCGCGGUCCCCAGACCCUGCGGAGAGCAGCGAGUGAGCGUGUGGGAGUCUGCGGGGCUGGGCAGCCUGCCUCAGUUUCCCGGUCCCCGAGGGAGCACUGAGCCCUCCCCCCACCCUUAACACCAGGCAAGCGCGUGUCCCUGGCGCCCACUUCCAAUGCCGGAAAAAAUUCAGUCCAUUCCCUGUCCCUCUUCCCUGGGCCCCUGGGGGCUCCCUCAGGACAACCCCACCCACCCUGUUCACGGCCGGCCUCACCUGGUCCUGCGGCCCCCAGCCCUUUCUUACUUCUCAUGCCCGGAGGCGCUUUCUGCCGCAGCUCUUCCCGGCCCAGGUAGGACUCCUCCAGGAAGCCUUCCUGAUUCCAAGGCCGAGGAAGAGGUCUGCGCUGCCCCAUCCUCCUCAUUGCCCCGGUUGUCGCUGUCCUAGACAACCCUGUCCUCUGCUCCAGCGCCAGGCAAACGGGGGGCAGAGCGGGAAGACGAUCUAGGCAGGCGUCCUUAGGGCAAGGCUGAGCGGGCUCUGCAGAUACAAUAGAAGUCCCUCGGAGAGUGCCCGGGCCGGGCGCCCACAGUCUGGCCUGACGCCGGGAGGGACCAGGGCCUGGGCCUGGGCCGCGGGGGAUGGAGCUCCUAUGCGUCCGGACGGGGUGGCCCGCGCGGACCCUCCGCAGCUCUCUGGCACUGACCCAGGCGGCCUCCAAACUCUGGGUCCCCAACACCGACUUCGAGGUCGCAGCCAACUGGAGCCAGAACCGGACCCCGUGCGAGGGCGGCGCCGUCGAGUUCCCGGCGGACAAGAUGUUGUCAGUCCUGGUGCGAGAAAGUCACGCCGUCUCAGACUUGCUCCUGCCGCUGGAUGGGGAACUCGUCCUGGCUUCAGGAGCCGGAUUCGGCAUCUCAGAUGCGGGCUCGCACUGGGGCUGUGGAGCCGGCAACCCUGCGGUCUUCCGCGACCCUGACCGCUUCUCCUGGUAUGACCCGCACCUGUGGCGCCCCGGGGACGAGGCACCUGGCCUCUUCUCCGUGGACGCCGAGCGCGUGCCCUGCCGCCACGACGACGUCGUCUUUCCGCCCAGUGCCUCCUUCCGCGUGGGGCUCGGCCCUGGCGCUGGCCCCGUGCGAGUCCGCAGCAUCUCGGCUCUGGGCCGGACGUUCACGAGCGACGAGGACCUGGCUGCUUUCCUGGCGUCCCGCGCGGGCCGCCUGGGCUUCCAUGGGCCGGGCGUGCUGAGCGUGGGCCCCGAGGACUGCGCCGACCCGUCGGGCUGCGUCUGCGGCAACGCGGAGGCGCAGCCGAGGAUCUGCGCCGCCCUGCUCCAGCCCCUGGGCGGCCGCUGCCCCCAGGCCGCCUGCCACGGCGCCCUCCGGCCCCAGGGCCAGUGCUGCGACCUCUGCGGAGCCGUCGUGUUGCUGACCCACGGCCCCUCAUUUGACCUGGAGCGGUACCGGGCACGGAUACUCAGCACCUUCCUGGGCCUGCCUCAGUACCAGGGGCUGCAGGUGGCCGUGUCCAAGGUGCCACGCUCGCCCCGGCUCCGCGAGGCCGACACGGAAAUCCAAGUGGUGUUGGCAGAAAUGGGGCCCGAGACGGGCGGCGCGGGGCGGCUGGCCCGGGCCCUCCUGGCGGACGUCGCCGAGCACGGCGAGGCCCUCGGCGUCCUGGCGGCGACCAUGCGGGAGUCUGGCGCGCACGUCGGUGUCGGCUCCGCAGCUGGACUGGCGGGCGGCGUGGCGGCCUCGCUGCUGCUGGCGCUGCUGGUGCUGCUGGUGGCGCUGCCGCUGCUGCGCCGCGCGGGGAGGCUCAGGUGGAGGAGGCGCGAGGAGGAGGUCCCGGCCGGGGCGCCCCUGGGCUUCCACAACCCAGUGUUCGACGUGGCGGCUUCCAAGGAGCCGGUGAGGGGGCGGGAAGGGGGACCGGGGCCUUCUCGGGCCGGGACUCGGCGCCCGACGCCUCUUGACCCUGUCACCCCGCAGCAGCCCCGGCCGCGGCUGCUCAGCGGGACUCCGAAGGCGGCCACAGGCAGCACCAGCCACAGUUACUUCGUCAACCCUCUGUUCGCCGGGGCUGAGGCUGAGGCCUGAGCGGCUGCGUGACCAUCAACCUGGGGGCUCCCCACCCGCUUUGGCCCUAGAACCUCCCCCAUCCCGGUCGACCUGGGGGCUACCCCUCGUCCAGCCCCCAGACCUCCCCUACCCCACCCCCCGCAGGGGCCAAGGACAGGGAGCCCUUGUACAAUAAAGGUGUUUCCUGUACCAUC